AUGAGCACCGGUGACUUGUCGGGCCUGGAUGCCGUGGACAUGUGGCUGGUGGAGAAGGCCGACUAUAACUACGACUCUAACUCGUGUGCCGAUGGCAAGGUGUGUGGGCAUUAUACGCAGGUUGUUUGGCGUAACACAGCUCGUGUAGGGUGUGCAAAAGUGAGGUGCAACAGUGGAGGUACCUUCAUCGGGUGCAACUAUGAUCCGCCAGGCAACUAUGUUGGGCAGAAGCCUUACAACUCCUAUGCGAAAAUUCUACCAUGCGCCAGGUGCAUGGAUGCGCCAAUAAUAUUCACCAUAGGCAACAAUGUUGAGUAG